GGAAAUGUACGAAGAGGUGGAACAACAGUUUUCUGUUUUAAUCUCUCUAAAAGUUAUUGUUGAAACUGGUUCCUGUGUCGGCUGAGAUAAGACACUAGUGCGGCAAAUAAUGGGAAAGAAAAUUGACGAGGACACACGAUGUCGUUGUGUGGCAUUGCUUCGAGAAACAGCCCAGAGCCCGGAUAACUUGCGAAGGAACCGGAGGACUCAGGUCACACUGAAAAACAAAAGCGGCCUCUGCAUGCAGCAGCAACACUUUUAUGCCCCUUGGCUGGGAUUUGCACACGUCAACAUGGGAAAGAUGGCACUUCUGCUCCUUCUGGGGAGCCUGGGUGUGUGGGCAGAGCCACAGUACUAUAAGCACAGCAACAGCUCCACCUGGGAGGAGGCCAGGAAGCACUGCCAGCUCUGCUAUAAGGAGCUGGUCAGUCUAAACUCUGAAAACAUCCAGCUCAUUGUGCAGAACCUCACCAACGACUACUGGGUCGGACUCCGCGAGGACCUUAAUGCUACCAUGCUGUGGUCUGUUUGGUCCAAUGGCGAUCCGGUAACAUUUCAGAACUGGUACCCAGGUCACCCAAAAAUCCUGCAGCAGAUUCCACCGACGCCAACGACUCCCACGACGACAGCAACCCCAAUGCCCCGAACGUCCACCGGACCCGAACCACUUGGACACGAUCAUAUUUGCCGCAUCGAACUCGAGGACCUGUGCCGAAACCUUACCAACAUCACAGAACUUUACAUCUACAAUGGCAGCGAGCACAGGAAUGAGUUUGAAACCCCGGUGACGGAGCCACAGCCAACGGUCACUGCGGAACCAGAACCGGUCAUCAAGAACCCUUGCACAGCCUUGCUCAGCUUUGGUAUGUGGAUGGAGAGGAACUGCUCUGGGCUCCUGCCUUACAUUUGCUAUGAAGAUCGUUUCUUCGGCUCGGUCAACUUCUCCAACGUGACCCUGAAAAGCGCUUCCUUCAACUGGAGUCCAGGGCCGGGCAAUAUUGACUUCUACAAAUUGAAACUGAGUGGAGACAUCAAUUUGACCGUAAACACAAGUUACCUGUUCACAGAUAUUUCAAACCUGACGCAGGGCACGCUAUACCAAAUCCAGGUGUUCCCUGUGAAAUGUGGGAGGGACCUCAACCCACAAAACAUCUCCUUCUACACCAAGCCCGAUGUAAUUCAAACGCUAAGUAUCAAAGAUGUCGGAACAAACUCUGUUUGCCUCUCCUGGGUGAGACCAGUCGGAAAUCAUGACUUCUACUCUGUGGAAGUGGUUUAUUCUCCCAACAUCACAUGUAACUCUACGACAGAGAGCUGCCUGGUCACUGGACUCUCCCCUGGUACAUUUUAUCAAUUCAAUGUGUAUGCUGAAGUGAAGGACCAGUCCAUUGUGGGAGAUCCAACAAAUAUUUCCUCCUAUACCCGACCCAAUAAGGUAGUAAACCUGAGAGUCCUUUACUAUAACAACACUUCGAUCGUGCUGGCAUGGAACAAGAGCGAGGAGGUUUCUCUCGAGUUUCAAGUGGUGGUUGAUGUUGGCUGGCAAGGGAAUCACCUCCUCACUCAGAACACGACUUCCACGAAUGUUAUUGUGGAUAACCUGACCCCAGGCACCAUUUAUUUCUUCACCGUGGUGCCACAGGUGCCAGAUUUGACACUGAAUGGUGAAAAUGUAACAAUCCCUGGUUUUACCAUCCCAAGCCCCAUAUCCAACCUGAAUCUGUUGAGCAAUGAAAGCGCCAUCACAGCCAGCUGGACCCUCCCAGUAGGCAAUGCUACUCAGUUUAACCUUACGAUCCAGUCAGAUGAUACAAACCAAAAGUGGGAUGCAACAACCAAUCUCACACAAUACACCUUCAACGUUAAUAAAGCAGCUGCCAGUUACACAGUCACGGUGUGGACAGUAGUGGGAAAUAUCAAGAGCGAAUCCGUCAACGGCUCCCGAUACACGCUGCCGGUAAGACCAGGAUGUCCUUCAGUUUUGAGUAAGAGUAACACCAGCAUCACUAUCCAAUGGGAGGUCCCUCCUGACCUGGACAACAUGACAACACAAUUCCUGGUGACCUAUCAAAGCUCCUUCUGGCAAUUCAAGAGCAGCAGCACUAUAAAAGGCAACAAGAUAACUGUUGACAAUCUCCAACCAGGAACCUACUACAAUUUUUCCAUUCAAACUGUAGCUGACAACAAAACAAGUGAUGCUGUUUCGAUCACUAACAUCACAGUGCCCCGAAGGAAAAAUCUGACCAUCUCCAUUCAGUGCUCUUCCAACAAGACCCUCUACUGCGAAAACGCAAAUAGCACUUUUGCAGUUUUUCAGCAGUUUCAAGAGAAGCUCAAGUCAUUGCUCGAGGGGAACGUGUACUAUUUACCACUACCACCGUGAAGGCGUCAACCUUCGCUACACGCAAAGUCGUCAACCUCCUCCAAAGCAACUGUCGUACUCACUGUUUGGUGAAAAGCAAAUAUUUUAACUUUUUUUAUAGUCUGUCUUCUGCAUUUACAUUUACUCUGCAUUUAGCUUUUACAAAUGCAUUAUCAACAACAAACACUGGUAAAGAUCAACAAAUGUAAAAUAAUCUUGUACAGAAUGUGUAUAAGUAGGCCUCCCGCACACUUAUCCCUGUUCCCUGAGACGAGCGCCCCAGAACGCUGCUCCCGGCCUCUUUCUCCACGUCUGCUUCCGCUGCCACCCCGUCUCGUCACCGGCAGGACAUGGAGCUUUUCCCACCUGCACCAGAAAUGGUUUUCCACUAUCUCAGUUGUGUCUCUCACUUUAUAAUAUUUUGUUGUUCAGAAGUCACUUGCUCUCAGCCUGCAUUUUUACAUACGACUGUGCUGUCUUAGCAGGAGCCGCUCGGUCUCAACGCGGAGUUAUUCCGUUCAAGGCUGUGCUGAUGUGUUGACGGCUCUCCUAUCCUCUCUGCGAAACGUAUGGUGCCCUUGCACUGGUUUCUUCCCGUCUCCUGACUGGCUCUCCAACAUUUUUCCUUUCCUCCCAUUAAAUCAUGUGUCUCAAAGAGCGAGCUCAUGACAUCUUUGUGUGCUGAGUAAUAAAGAAAGAUGUGUUGACAAAGACUCUCGCGUGUAAAUCUGGCUUCUGCAACGAGAUGAAAAGUGUCAGGUGUUGCAAGUGAAGACGGGGGGGAGAGGAGACCAUCCACGGGGGGCUCCGAAGGGCCGCGAGGGGGAAGAUGGUGGGCCUGCCUCCAUUUACGUGUAUUCUGUCAGCAGACACUUUUCUGCAAAGCGACGCACGUCUUAGACAAAA